CCUCAGUUCAAUGUGUAUUUUGCCGUCGAUUGCGUUGGUUGAUCUACUCCGUGAAACCUAAAUAUUAUUAUGCUGACGAUUCUAUUUUUAAGUGCGAUUCUACUCUUGUCAGUUUGGAUUCUACUGGAAAAACUUAAGAGCAGAUACUUUAUCCUGUCGUUGGCGAAACGUGUACAGACUGAAGAUGGCAGUCCACUGGAAGAAAAAGUGUUUGUAGUGCCGGGCAAGACGAGAUUCGGUAAUAAUCUUGAUGUACUACAAAUGACGCCUUCGAUGCUGUUUAAAUUUAUGCGAAACGCACACUCAAAGUCAAAUGGAAAAAGUUACUUGUUUUAUUUCCUUUUAUGUGCCAUGUACAAUGCAGUGCGGGCUGAAGAUGUUGAGGAGAUAAUGCAAAGUACAAAGUUAAUAACUAAGAAUGUUAUCUAUGAUCUAUUAAGGCCUUUUCUGGGCGAAGGAUUGCUUAUAAGCACUGAUCAAACGUGGCACUUCAGAAGGAAACUAUUGACACCUGCGUUUCAUUUCAAUGUUUUGCAAAACUUUUUGGAUAUUUUCAAAGAGGAGUCACAAAAGCUGAGAAAAGUGCUGCAAAAACAAAUGAAUAUUGAACUGGAGCUAAAACAGAUCAUUCCACAAUUUACGCUUAACAAUAUUUGCGAAACGGCUCUUGGCGUUAAGCUCGAUGAUAUGGUGGAAGGGGCACAGUAUCGAAAAUCAAUACAUGCUAUAGAGGAAGUUAUAGUAGAACGACUUUGCAAUCCGCUCUUAUAUCUGAAACCAUACUAUUAUCUGUUUGGUAGUUAUCGAAAGCACGUGACAAAUCUUCAGAUAGCACAUGCCUUCUCUAGCCGGAUCAUUGAGCGAAAGAGAGAACAAUUCAAGCAACAGCAGUCCACAUCGGUUGAUGAAUACGGAAGAAAAAAACGAUAUGCAAUGUUGGACACACUUUUGGCAGCCGAGGACGAUGGUCUUAUCGAUCAUCAGGGCAUCUGUGAUGAAGUUAACACGUUCAUGCUCGAAGGAUACGACACUACAUCCACCUGUCUCACAUUCACACUUCUCAUGUUGGCUCUACACGAAGAUGUUCAAGAACGUUGUUUCGAGGAGCUGCAGCACCUUUCGAACGACGACAGCGAUCUCACCGUGUUCGACUACAAUAAUUUGACUUACAUGGAGUGUGUGAUUAAGGAAUCCUUGCGCCUCUUCCCAUCAGUUCCUUUCUUUGGACGUAUUUGUACAGAGGAAUGCGUGGUAAAUGGUCUGAUCCUGCCAAAAGGCACGCAGAUCAAUAUACAUGCAUUUGAUAUAAUGCGAGAUCCCCGACACUUUCCAAAUCCCUCAGAAUUUCAACCAGAUCGUUUUUUACCCCAUAACACACUUAAUCGCCAUCCCUUUGCCUUUAUUCCAUUUAGUGCUGGACAACGUAAUUGCAUUGGACAGAAGUUUGCCAUUCUGGAGAUAAAAGUGAUGCUAGUCUCCAUAUUGCGCAAUUUUAAACUGUUGCCAGUAACUCGAUUGGAGGACGUUUUAUUUGAGUAUGGCCUUGUCCUGCGCACCCAAAAUAGCGUAAAGCUAAUGGUUACAAGUCGUCAGCAACAAAAAAGUAGAACAUUGUAAAUUCAAUUUUGAUUU